AUGGCAGAGGAUCACGACGACGAAGACGACGACCAACAGAAGCUAUCCGAAUCUAUCUACUACGACGACCGCGUAUGGUACGAUCAAUACACGAGCACCGACUGGGUACAGGACAGCAUAAGCGAUGCUUUUCGAUUGAAAGAGUUGCGCAGCCGUAAAGGCUUCAGAGGCAGAGCAGAGGCCCUGUUUGAUUCUGCUCAAGGUUGGAUACUGGUCGCUGUCAUUGGAUGCGUGACCGCCGGCAUCGCAUACAUCGUCGAUGUAUCCGAGUCUGUCAUUUUCGACUUGAAGACGGGCUAUUGCUCGCACACGUGGUACUACGGAAAGAGAAGUUGUUGUGAAGGCGCCAGUACCUGCGACGCAUGGUCUCGGUGGUCGAUACCUCUGACACCUGGCCCUGAUGAGAAUGGAUGGUUUGACUAUGCCGCUUUCGUCUUUUGGGUGAUAGCUCUGUCGCUGGCAGCUUGCUUGGUCACUUUGCAAACGAAGACGGUCAUCAGCUCGGCCGUCAGUCUGUCCACGCUCGAUGAAAAUCUUGCCGCACAUGCUCCAACCACGGCUGAAGCUAGAAAGGACAGUUCAGGCAGCCCUACGCGUCGCUUCGCCGAAGCUGCCCAGAAGCCUCCUAUGGUAUACUAUCCAGCUGCUGGAAGUGGUGUCGCCGAAGUCAAGGUCAUUCUCAGCGGUUUCAUCAUCAGAGGAUACCUCGGCCUGCGAACUCUUAUGUUCAAGACUCUAGGCUUGAUCCUGAGUGUUGCUUCUGGCCUGUCUCUCGGUAAAGAGGGACCGUUCGUGCACAUUGCAACUUGUGUGGGCAAUGUUGCAUGUCGCAUGUUUGAGAAGUAUCAUGUCAAUGACGCAAAAAGACGUGAAAUUCUCAGUGCGAGCGCGGCAAGUGGUGUUGCAGUUGCCUUUGGUUCCCCGAUCGGAGGUGUUUUGUUCAGUCUGGAGGAAGUUAGUUAUUACUUCCCGCCAAAGACUUUGUUCCGAACCUUUUUCUGCUGCAUCGCUGCAGCACUAUCACUUAAAUUCCUCAACCCCUACGGCACCAACAAGAUCGUCCUGUUCGAAGUCCGCUACUUGACAGAUUGGCAGUUUUUCGAGAUGGCCAUCUUCAUUCUUUUGGGCGUUCUAGGCGGUACUCUGGGAGCUCUAUUUAUCAAAGCAUCGCGUCUUUGGGCAAAUACUUUCCGCCGCAUCCCUAGCAUCAAGCGGUAUCCGGUCCUCGAGGUCUUCUUGGUUGCUCUGGUCACUGGACUCGUCAGCUUCUGGAACAGAUAUACCAGGAUCCCAGUAUCAGAGCUGUUGUUUGAAUUGGCUAGCCCUUGCAACUCCUUCAGCUCAUCUGGAUACGGACUUUGUCCCACCGAGGAGAAUAUCCCCAACAUCAUUGGAUAUCUUUGCAUUGCAUUUGUGAUCAAAUCUGCACUUACGGUGGUGACUUUUGGCGUCAAGCUGCCUGCUGGUAUCUACGUUCCGUCUAUGGUUGUUGGCGGUCUCCUUGGACGCAUUGUCGGCCACUCGGUUCAACUCAUCACCCUGAGAUAUCCAUCCUUGGAGAUCUUCGGCAAUUGCCCUGCAAACGGCAACCCUGAAUCAUGCGUAGUACCGGGCGUCUACGCCCUUGUAGCAGCCGGUGCCACCAUGACCGGCGUGACAAGACUUUCAGUCACGCUCGCCGUCAUCCUCUUCGAGCUCACCGGCUCCCUAGAGCACGUCCUUCCCUUCUCGAUCGGCGUCCUGGUAUCGAAAUGGACAGCCGAUGCCCUCGAACCGCUCUCCAUCUACGAUCUCCUCACAGACAUGAACUCCUACCCUUACCUCGACGCAAAAUCCCACCCACCAUUCCUCGGCGACUUGGGCGAUAUAACCCACGCCCCGAACCCCAAACGCCUAAUCGACAUCUCCGCAUCCCCCUUCAUACCUUCCUCACAACUACGCACCAAACUCGAAUACAUGCACAUGGCCGGCGAACUCGACGGCGGGCUGCCAAUCCUCGACAACGGAGUUUUGAUGGGUAUAAUCCCAGGUCCGGAUCUAGAGUUUGCCCUCGAUCACUUGCAGCAAGAUGGCCAUGACUCGGAGGCUGCAAUGUGCUAUCUGGGUCGUCCUUUGCGGGACGCUGGCCUUGAUACCUCACUGCUGUCAUCUUCUGCAGAGUUUGGUGCGCGCAGAGGCAGCAUGUUGGGAGAUGACGAGUUUGACUUUUCCAGCUGCGUCGAUCCAUCACCCAUGGCUUUGGAUAUUCGAUCUCCGUUGGAAUUAGUCUACGAGUUGUUUUCAAAAUUGGGAUUGCGGUAUCUGUGUGUGUUGGAUGGGGGUAAAUUCGCGGGAUUGGUGCAUAAGAAGGCUUUUGUGAGAUAUGUCAAGGAGUUGGAACAUGCAGAGAGGAAAGGGGAGGAGCAUUGA